AUGGCCUUAAUCUCUUCUUCUUCUCUCACUAUAACCUCUUCAUCUAACCUUUUUGAUUGCAAAGCUUCUUCUCCACAAUGUAUGAGACUAACCCUUCCAUCAUCACUCCCUUUGUUGUCUCAGAAUCAUGCAGUGAAGACAAAUUAUCAUUAUCGAAAGAUUGGUCGUGAUGUUAUGGUUAUGGCCACCGGAGAUACACCAGCAGAUGUUGACUCAACUGAGUUACCUGAGUUUGUUAAGUCUCUUCAAGAAACUUGGGACAAGGUUGAUGAUAAAUAUGCAGUGAGUACAUUGAUUGUAGCUAGUGUGAUUGCACUAUGGAGCUCAACUGGUUUGAUUUCAGCAAUUGAUAAGCUUCCCUUGAUUCCUGGAGUGCUUGAAUUAGUAGGCAUUGGCUAUUCCGGGUGGUUUGCAUACAAGAACCUAGUUUUCAAACCAGAAAGGGAAGAGCUUGUACAGAAAGUAAAGGAAACAGUUAAUGAAAUACUUGGGAGCAAAUAA